GAAGUGGGUGCGAGGCGCGCCGCCCGCUCCAUCCCUGCCCGGAGCGGAGCCGGCGCGGGCGCAGGACCAGGCGAGCCGGAGCGGAGCCACGCUCGGCGGCUGCAGCUCCAGCUCCUGCUCUCCAGUGCUUCUGAGUGGGGGACGCAGCUGGACUUGACCCCCAUCACGUGGAUGGGCACAGCCACUAGGUAUGGAGAGGGACACAGACCCAUCUCCCCGUGAUCCCUUCAGCAAAAAACCAAAGCCACCUCCGGACACAUGCCCCAGGGCCUCAGCCUCUAUGCAAAACCUGGUGAAUGGAGACCUGCUCCAGAUCCAGGAAGAAGCCAGCUCUGCAGGGCACAACUUGAGGACUGGCAUCUGAAUCAGGAACCUAGCUUCAGGGACUUGUUCUUCCUCAUCUUCUUUCCUAUUCCUGCCCACCCCCUCCCCCCACUCCCCAGGAGACUGCUUUAUUUAUUCCUAGUAAAACAGCACUGGGCCGGACAAUGUAGCUCUGGAUACUGCUCUGUUGGGCAGCUGGAAUCCAGUGGCUGAUAUAAUUGACACACUGGGGAGCUGGAAGAGACGCAGCAGGAGGGGGGCUGUGGGCAGAGGAAGGAGCUGUAGGGCCCCAGGAUGGCAGCCAAUGUCACAGACUCCUCCUGUCUAGACUCUAUCACAUUAAAGAUCACCGUCAGUGUGGUCCUCACGGUCCUCAUCCUCAUCACCAUUGCUGGCAAUGUGGUGGUCUGCCUGGCCGUGGGCUUGAACCGCCGGCUCCGCAGCCUGACCAACUGCUUCAUUGUCUCCUUGGCCGUCACCGACCUUCUCCUCGGCCUCCUGGUGCUGCCCUUCUCAGCCUUCUACCAGCUGUCUUGCAGGUGGAGUUUCGGCAAGGUCUUCUGCGAUAUCUAUACCAGCCUGGACGUCAUGCUGUGCACGGCUUCCAUCCUCAACCUCUUCAUGAUCAGCCUGGACCGGUACUGUGCCGUCACAGACCCUCUGCGCUACCCCGUGCUGAUCACCCCGCUCCGGGUCGCCGUCUCCCUGGUCUUAAUCUGGGUCAUCUCCAUCACCCUGUCCUUUCUGUCUAUCCACCUGGGGUGGAACAGCAGGAACGAGACCAGUAUGGUCACUCACACUGUCCCGAAGUGCAAAGUCCAGGUCAACUUGGUGUACGGCUUGGUAGAUGGACUGGUCACCUUCUACCUGCCCCUGCUGGUCAUGUGCAUCACCUACUACCGCAUCUUCAAGAUUGCCCGGGACCAGGCCAAAAGGAUCCAUCACGUCAGCUCUUGGAAGGCGGCCACCGUCAGGGAGCACAAAGCCACAGUGACGCUGGCCGCGGUCAUGGGGGCUUUCAUCGUCUGCUGGUUCCCCUACUUCACUGUCUUUGUUUACCGUGGGCUGAGAGGGGAUGAUGCCAUCAACGAGGUCUUUGAAGCCAUCGUUCUGUGGCUGGGCUAUGCCAACUCGGCCCUGAACCCCAUCCUGUACGCUGCACUGAACAGGGACUUCCGCACAGCCUACCAGCAGCUCUUCCGCUGUAGGCCCGCUGGCCACACCGCCCACGAAAUGUCUCUGAGGUCCAACAGCUCCCAACUGUCCAGGAACCAGAGCCGAGAACCUAGGCAGCAGGAAGAGAAACCCCUGAAGCUCCAGGUGUGGAGCGGGGCAGAGGUCACAGUCCCCAGGGGAACCACAGACAGGAAGCCAGCAUUGUCUUGCACCGUGUGCUCCAGCAACCUUCUGAGCUGCUACAAGAGCCUGUGGGGACUUAGGUUCCUCCACAGAGACAUGGGAGCCCCCUCAGAGGAGCAGCCAGGGGAGCCACCGUGGGAGGAAGCGCUGAGGACACCACCCCAGGAAGUGGUGAGGACACUGCCCUCCGAGGCUGUCUAGACCCAGCCCUAGGACACUGAAGACAUGCUCCCAGGCAUCAAGAUUUGACUCCUGGAGCCACUAAGGACGCAGCAGUCCCCAGUUACAGAGGCUGCACCCUAGCCUGAGUCCAGGGGCCUCCAGAGCACAGAGCAGAUGUGGGAUCCUCUGGUGGAGGGUGGAGCACCUGUUCUAGUUCAGUGCUCCCAGACAGAUGCUCAGGGCUCCCCAGAGCCCGGGUCUGCUGAGUCCAUGGUUCAAAGUUCGCGUUGGUGCUGGCCCUGAGUCAGGAGCAGAGACAGCAGAACAUGCGAGGGUGUAUGCACGCAUGUGUAUAUGUGUGUGGGGGUGGGUGGGUAUUGGUAUCCUCUCGCCUCCUCGUUGGCUCUGCAGGAUGAAGGAAGGGAAAAGAAAAGAGGGGAAGAGAAUGGAAGGACGUUAGCCUUUGAUAAACACCUGCUGUGGACCAGGUAUCCCACCUGCAUGAGCUUGCCUAAUCCUUACCACAACCUUUGCGGUAAGGACCCCAGUCCCAACUUUACAGAAAUGGAUACUGAGGUUGGAAGAAUACCCAAAACCAUGCAGUUAGAAAGUGUGUCUGGCACAGAGAAGGCCCCAGAGAAAUAGUUGUUGAAAGAAUAAACAAGCGAAUGAAGGAAUGGUCGGAUGGGAAGAUGAGUGGAAAGCAGCUUCAAGCCCAUGCUCUUGACAGGACACUACACUGCCUCCUCUCAGAGAGAGGUCCAGAUAUUUCCUUGAGCCAGACUACCCUCCUUUUGCCAGGAGUCUGGGGAGGGGAGCCCUUCACGCUGCAGUAUCGCCCUCUCUGGUGCUUUUAGUCAACAAGGAGAGGUGUGAAGUAAACUUGCUAGAGAAAGUGCACUGGGUGUCAAGGAGGGAGAGACUGAGGCCUUUGCAAGGGACCCAACAGACCACAACUGAGCAGGGAGUCAACCCCACAGUGCCCUCUCCUGGAAGAUGACCUUGGGCACAGGAACCCCUCUGAACAGCUCUUGACUAUUCCAUCCAAGGGGGUGCGCACCCCUUUUCAAUUUUCAGAGUUAUUGAAGACACCCAAGAUGAUGGGAUAAUAGCUGUCCCCCCUCCCCCAGGGAGAUGAGGGUGUCCAUGAACUUUCCUCGCUGACCACUGCCCUUUCUUGAACCCACUCCCCCUCUUGGGUCCUAGGACUCCCUCCUGGCUUCCCCUCCCAGCCCUCCCACACCUCUCCAGUCUCUCUAUCACCUCAACAGCGACAUUUGGGGACAUCUCUCCACAUAGCCACCAGAUAUGGCCAUUCCCCCAGACUCACCCCGAGCCUUUUCUUCCAGCUAUAGUUCCUCUUCUUCUGUGAACUCCCGAUCCUAGAUGGCUUCCUUCUUUUAAUUUGAUCAUCUCACAGCUCACAGGCCAUGCACAGAGCUGUUUUCAUGACUCAAAAUGCCCUCCCCACCCUUUUAGUCAUGAAAUCUCAGUUGAAAUAUCUCCUCCUUGGGAAGUCUUCCUCAACCCUCCCUCAUAGGUCAGGACCCUAGUCCACACCUCCAGAAUUGUCUUUGGAAGUCAAUGCUAUGGUCGUAAUUAGUAAUCAUCUGUGUGAGUCCCUGACCUCUGCCUGUCUCCCCAACUCAGAAGAGCAUGGGUCCUGCCUGUUUCUGUUGACCAUUGUGUGCCCAGCCUUUAGGAGAGUACUUAGCACAUAGUAGGCGUCCAAGUAGUUCAUGCCAGUACAGCCGAAGGCACGAUUGGCCCUGAUGGUACCUGACACUCAGAUUCUUGACUGACUUCCUCUGAAAGCCCCAAGACUUCCUUGAUGGUCUUCUCAGGAGUAGGACGCAGGUGGGUCUCUAGGUCCUGCCCAGUAGCUGGAGGCACAGACUGGUCUGGCUCCAACCUCAGGUGCCCAGUGGGGACUGGCUACUGAAGGAGCCUCCUGCAAGCCUGUCCUGAGUUGCCCCUGCCCUUCUGGAGUCUGCUAUUGCCUCUACUGGCUGCAGAAGUGGGGUGUGUGCUGUCUAGAGAAGGAACAUCUGUGGUGUGUCCCCAAAUCCGUGUUCCGUGUUACCAUCGUGUUCCAAUAAAGCUAUCAA